AGAAUGCAUCACUGUGUGAGGACGUUGUGCAUGGAUUCCAAGUACUGCAGUGUGGCAUCUCCGCUGAGUGAACACUCAUGUCACAGUCUGAUAACACACCCACAGCCGGAGUGCAGAUACUCUGUAACUGCUCAUUCCUGUGUGAGCCACCACUCAAUCCCACACAGGUGUUUGUGUGGAAUCCAUUUUCCCCACGUUGGAAGCAUACCCUGUGGGAAUGUCGAGAAUUUGUUUUCCUGCGUGAGAUCAUUAACGCCGCACACAGUGGUACUGGCACGGAGACAGCGCGAUGGGUUUUACUACCUGGCGACAGUAAAACAAGAGGAAGAACCAGGAGUGUUUCUAAUCGAGUUUAAUAGGCCGGUGAGUGAACGAUACCCCACGACCCUGCAGAAGACAGAGGCGAAUGAUAUGAUCCAGUACUUCGAUGCGCUGAGACAUUGCAUUCUUCCCGGAGAUACCGUGUUAGCUCCCUGGGAACCAGAACAAGUGAGAUAUGGACCAGGAAUCGUUACACUGGGUGUAGAGACUCGGGAUCCUCUCCGAACCGGUGAAGAUGAAGAACUGACGGUUAGUUUUUGGAAUGGUAAGAAGAAACGGGUUCCUCUUGGUGUUGCCGUGUGGAUCUCUCCCUCUGUGUAUAAACGAAUCAUGGACCGGCUGCACCAACCCAUCACAAGUGGACAAAAGCUCCAGGAGAGUAUCCCAAACAGCACUACGUACGUGUUCACAGACAGGUUCAACUCGGUGCCCACUAACCUGUGCCCUGCCAGCCAUCUCCAAAAACACAGCUGGCAUCACAGCCACACCUAUCCCCACCACCUGCAACAGCAUUGUUCUUGCUGCUGUUAUCCCAAACAUGCAGGGUGCACAUGCUGUUAUGACCCCAAAUGCCAGGACUGGUGGCCACUUACACCCACGGCCACCGUGUAUGUACAAAGCAGGAAGGAGCAGGAAAAUCGGGACAGCAUCCACUUAACCACAAGACGGAAAGAAAAGUCCUAUAAAAACUCAAAGUCUUCGGAGUCUGAAGAUGACAAAUCUCUUGAUGAUGAUGACGACUAUGACAACCACAGUGAUAAUGAUGAAGACAGUGACCGAGAAACAUGGCUGUCAAAGACUACACAGAGUACGAUGGUGGACAGUGGAGUGAAUACGGACUCUAGCCUGUGGGACAAGCCAAGAGAGGACAUUAAUCAACGUCCUGAUUGGAAAUACUGGAGACACAGUCAGCCGGAACCUUUUUACCGGAAACCAGGAAAUACUGUGAGCAAAUCAAAAAGUGCGGCUUCUCAAUCGAAUUCCUGUGUGUCUUGGCCGGACGUUACAGGUUCAGCCAAUCAGAGCUCUUUGUUUGAAACGAUUGUGGAUUCCCCAGUCAGAAGACUUACGGUGAAAGAUGUUCUUGCUCACAAAGAUUUCAACCCAUCGGAUGCUAAACAAGCUCCGCCUGUCGCAGAACGUCUCGGUGAAUCAGAAGUUGACAAAUUGCACAAAAAACAAUUUAUUGCGGAAAAACGGAGAGAGCAAAUAAUGAAGCACCGGGAAUGGGAAGAAGACAGGGCACAAAGUGCUGACCAAAAAUACUGCGAAACUCAAGAGGUUCACAGGCACAAGACUUUGCAACGUCUGAAAAACGAGGAUGUGAAGGUGAAAGAGCAGGCAGCUAAGAAAACGCAGAAUAUCACCGCCAAGAAAGCUGCGCGUGAGAGAAACAGUGUGCGCAUGCAGACUAUUGCAGCGGAGGAUAAACUGAAGGAGCAGCGCAGACUCGAUCACCUGCGGAGUGUGCGGGAAAAGAUCGAUCAGAGAGAAUUCGAUAAAUGUGCAGCCAAUGAACAGAAGGAGAUAGAACACAUGGACGCACAGAGAAUGAAAGUUAACAAACACUAUAAAGAGGUGGCAGACAAAGUGUUUCAAACAGAAACAAAAAGGAAGAGUGGAAAUCGCAAAGUCCAGUAUAUCGAGGAUUAAUGACCCGACUAGUGUGUGAUUAAUGGUCCCCGCUCCUCUCCCCAGGAUUCCUGCCCCAACAGCCACCUUUCUAAAUUACGUGUUUUAAUUAUAUAAGUUUUAUUUUCUAUUUCAUUAGCCCCAGUUCCAUUGAUUUCAAAUAAUUUAAAACAUGGGGUGUAAUGGCCGAAUCACAGGUGAGUUAAUAAAGGCGCAGAUGAAUCAACCAUUAGUCAGCCAGCUGAGCUCUGGGCGAAAUGAUGAGACUCGUCUAAGUUUGGUCCUGUUUGCUAUCACUAUACUAGAAGUGGACCUCAGAUCCUAGGAGAUCAGAAUCCAUCUCUAAAUUAAUUCAUUUCAAUGUGAGGUCAUGUGUACCACCAGUUUCAUGUAUUUAUAAAACAUCAAACAGAAACUACAGCGUUGUACAACGGCAUGAACAUGCGCUAUAUACAGAAACAAAGGAGCUUGC